GGAGCUGGAGAGACUAUGGUUGGUGCACAGAGGAGCAUGUUGAGUUACAGCUGGCUGAAAUAAUUCUACUUUGGUCGGAAGCAGUUUGGUGUCAUUAAUCAGAGCCACUCCGCUGGAAGCUGAUCGCCAAAGCAAACAACUAUUCUUACCUCCAUAACACUACCUGUGCUAUUGUUUGCUUUGGUGUAACAUCUCACUCUCUGCUGAGGGAAUGGAUGGAGCGAUGCGGUUUAAAAAUAGAUGGACCUAUUUUUUUUGUAGCGUAUUGGCACCGCCUCCAAUCUGUGCGUAAAGGCGCAUUAAGAAGUGGCACAGCAGCUGAUAAUCCAGACAGGAGGCGCGUCUGGUUACAGCACAGCCUUUCACCGAUGGGUCUCCACUGACGCGCCCUGCUCGCGGACGAAAAGUUUUCACUGACUUCUAUCGACGCGUGUGUUGAGAUGGUUUCUGUCUUCCGGAGUCGGAGGUUAUUAAUGGGAUAUCUGUCACCUCUUCACCGCCUGAGGACAGUCGGACAGUGAGCUGUAGGUCGUCUGGAGGCUGGAUGGACAACAUGUCUCCGCAGCAGCAACAGGACUGCCUCAGCCGAGGCGGAGGACAGCAAGACAACAAACGGCGGAUGAAGUCUCAGAGUUAUCGGCGCCAGUCCGCCCCGUCUCUGGUCAUCAGCAAGGCCCUCACCAGGUCCAAGACCCUCUCCAGAGAGAGCUUCCUGGUUCCUGUGUGUCCAGAGAGCUGCCCAUUGGUCCAGUCCUUCCUCAGCGGCUCUGACAGGUCGUUUCUUCUCCACGGCCACGUUCAGCUGAGGACCGGGAUGCAGACCCAGGACAGACACCUCUUCCUGUUCACUGACACGCUGGUGAUCGCCAAAGCCAAAUCAGCCAACCACUUCAAACAGAAGGCCCAGGUGCGUGUGUGUGAGAUGUGGACAGCCGGCUGCAUGGACGAGGUGUGUGAGGGCAGCACGAACCCGGAGAGGAGCUUCGUCAUGGGCUGGCCGACCUGCAACUAUGUGGCCAUGUUUAGCACAGCAGAGCAGAAAGAGAAAUGGCUGCCCCUCCUCAAAAGUCGGAUAAAAGAAGAGAAGGAGAAGGAGGAGCCUAAAACCAUUCCUCUGAGAGUGUACGGGAAGGGGAUCAAUACUUUUGCCGUCACCAAGACGCUUCCUGUCAGCAACUGCGAUUCAACCAAUGAGGUGGUGCGACUGGCCCUGCAGCAGUUCGGCACCAUAGGAAAUGUGAAAGACUUCCAGCUGUGGGUCAUCUCUAAAAGAGACAACACACCCUAUCCUCUCAUUGGUCAUGAGUUCCCCUUCAGUAUCCAGAUGAGCCAUGUGAGACACUCUCAGGGAGGUGGCGGUGGUGGAAGGGAUGCAGCCGCAUCACCUGGGGACAGACAGGAGGCCAUGCAGGUGGAGCAGAUGCAGGCAUACAAGCAGUGCCAGUUCAUCCUGAAGCCUCGGCCCACUGAAACGAUGCACAUGUCUGCAGGGGAGGUCAGACCAGAACUGGCCCGGAAGUCAUUUAAAAGGAGGCGCUCUCUGAUCACAUGGGCCUUCUGGAAAGGCUCCUCCUCUCACCUCAAUGAGCUGUCGCUCGGUGUGUCUCGUGGCUGCUUGUUCGGACAGCCGCUCAGCUCUGUGUGUCUGGAGGACACUCUGCCAAAGCCAGUCAUGGACAUGCUGGCGUUUCUGUACUCCGAGGGUUCAUGGACGCGGGGGAUCUUCCGUCGGCCAGCGGGAGCUCGGGCUGUCAGGGAACUGCGGGACUCUCUGGACAGCGGAUCAUCUCAUCUUCCUCUCACAAGAGACCACGUCUUUAUCAUCGCUGGAGUCUUUAAGGAUUUCUUGCGCAGCAUCCCGGGCAGCUUGUUGUGUUGCGAGCUGCACGAAGAAUGGAUGGACGUGCUGGAGGAAGAAGAGGACGAGGACGAACAAGUGCAGGAGAUAAAUAGGAUGAUCUGUCGCCUGCCCAAAGAGAACGCGCUGCUGCUACGCUACCUGUUAGCCAUGCUGCACGGUAUUCAGAGCAACUCACAGGAGAACCAGAUGACCACUUUCAACUUGUCAGUGUGCAUUGCUCCCAGCUUGCUUUGGCCUCCUGGAGCUCCUUCUAGCCCCGAGGUGGAGGGAGAAGGAACUAAGAAGGUCUGUGAGCUGGUGAAGUUUAUGAUUGAACACUGUCAGCAGAUUCUGGGAGAGGAUCCGUCCUCCCUGUUCGGAGGGCCGCCACAAAGAUGCAACACUGACGAGACGGGAUCAGACUUGUGGAUGUUCCCUCUGACCGACUCAUCCUACGACAGCCUGGAGAACGAGCUGGACAACAGCAGCGGUGGCUCACCGGGCUUCUGCAGCAGAAGGCAGCUCAGACCAAAACAGCUACAGGGAAGCCUGGACUCCAUCCUCACAUUCAGCGACUAUGACCACGACCAAGACACAGACCCAGAUAUGCAUCAGACCCAAACCGACAGCCUGCAUGGGUUAAGAACCAGAGGCAGGAGGCAGGACCCAGACCUCUCCUGCCCCGACCAGGAUGCGCUACCUGUGGACAACUCGUCCCUCCUGGACUCCCUGUCUCUGGAUGGGCUGCGUAGACAGCGGCGGCGCUCAGAGCCGGCUAUAGCCUACGUGGCCAAGUUUGGACUGUCUGCUUCAAGAAGCACUGAGGGUCUCACUGGUGAGGAUGACGAUGAUGGUGAAGAAGAGCAUUCCAAGAAGCACAGCAGACUCACUGUCCCCAGAGGUCGAACCAGGAUGGGUGGAGGUGAGCAUGGGGUGAGGUCAGCAGCUCUGGAGGCGAGCUCUUCCAGUCUCUCCUCGACCCCCAUCUCCCCUGCACCAACCUGCUCCCCCCUGGACUCUCCAGACUCCCUCAGCGGUGACAAAACCUGGGCGACCCGAAGGAUGCUGGACCCAACCAAGACACCCCUGCCCAACUCCUCCUCAUCAUCAUCUAUUCCCUCCUCUUCUACACCCCUCACCAUCAGCUCUAAUCUGACCUCCAGCAGGCAGCCAGACCUGGGGACCUGUCCAAAAGCCUCCCCACCAAAAGAACCAAUCAACUGGGGGACUUUAAAAGGCUGCAGGGGCCUCCACCCAAACUCCUGGCUAAAGAAAGGUCGGAGGCUGUCACUAACCCAACAAGACAAUUUGGAAAAGGAAGAGGAGGACAAGGACAAGUCUGGGGGAGGACCCACUGAUAAGUUGCUCACUCUUGGGAAACUCAUCCCAGAGAAAGGAAAAGCAGGUGAAAAGGGAGAUGGGAAACGCAUCUCCAACAGCCAACCCAAGCCCAAAACAACCUGCAGGACCUCAAAAGAUGGAGGAAGAGGUGGUGUUAAAGGCAAGUCUUCACAUCUUAAACAGAACUCAUCCAGCCCUCCUUCCCACCAUCGCUCUACAGGGAGCCUCCACUUUCCUAAAUCCCCCUGGUUCAACUCCUCAGACUCCCCUCUGACCGUCAGGCAGCUCAGUGACACACAUGCCAACAAAGGAAGCAGCACCACCAACCACAGCCACGCAGCAGAAGGUGAAGUGAAUGAGCCGAAGCAGCCGUCGCCAUCUUUGUUUUACAAGCAGAGUGGGCCGUCUCUGUCUCUGUUCAAGCAAAACAAGUCUUACUCGGUGGAGGAGCAGCACAACCACAGCAGGCUCUACCAGCGCCGGGGCUCAGAACCUGGAAGGCAGGUUGUGGAGCGAGCCUCCACCCUCACACGAGUGAGGCUGCCCAGCGACCCAGGACUGAAGGUUACAGAGGUGGACGCACAGGGCGGGACGACAGAUGCCAGUUUCUGCCUCUCCCCCUGCUCCACCAAAGCUGUGAGGGACUACUUCUCCUCUCACCCGUGCAGUAACCCUCAGAGCAGCCAGCAGGUGGCGCUGGCUCUGGCGGAGAGUCGCAGGGAGUGGCUGAAGAGAUGCAGCGAUCCCUCGGCAGAAGCAGACUUUGACCAGCUUCUGUUUGCUGAAGAGUCCUACGUCUGAUUCCGCCGGUAACCUGAGGUACAACUAACGCUGACUUCACUGCUGUUCUCAAGCUAAGAAUCAAAGUAUUAGAUACUCCCACCUCCUUUAAAAAUGAUGCUUUUCUGUGUUUCAUUAGCGGCAUUGGACUCGACCACAGUACACAGUGAUACGUUUUAUCUGAAUCUGUCACAUGGAUUGAAAUUUAAUUGGUUUUCUGUGAUAGAACAAACUAAACUCGUUUCACACAACACUAGGUACAAUUUUUUUUAACCAAAUUAGAAAAUAAGCACAUUUCAAUUUUUGCCUAGAGCUUAUUGCCAUUAAGGGAAUGAAAACAUUGCACAACAUGCAGAAGAAAAAUUACUUUGUAACCUUAUUUAUAUUGAAAGAUUUAUCUGUCUUUUAAUUUUACACUAUAUUAGGCCAAAGUUGAAACCUGCCAAUUAAAACUACCUGCUGUUGCCUUGUUAAAAAAACUGUUUUGUGUAUUUGGUGAGAUGUUGACUUUUUUCACAUUUUAUUCUUAGAAAUGUUCCAACAUGACAGCUAAAUAGGAUGCUUAAGAGUGUACCAGUGACCUAGACAACUCUUUCAACGCCACAUGGGUGUCAGUCUUACAAAACAAAAUCUAGCCUUUAAAAGAACAAAAGCAUAAAAGUGUACACAAUGGAUUUAACAGUGUGUUUGUCUGCUACUAAUUUUAGAAUUAGUACCUGAACUACCUACAGUAGCAAGCUAACAUGACAUACAAAGUUCAGAAGCAUUAUCAUUAGCUAACAACACAUUCCUUUGGGAUAGGUUAAAGGCAUGUCACCAGAAUAACCGGUAACUGCUGCUAAAUGUAGCUGUUGUUAGCUAGUUAGCUGUGUUGCUAGCAGAUGUAUAGGAUGGCUCUGCCUGUACUGGGUGUUUUGUGGAGCUCUGACAUCGUUUACUAUCACAAUAUAACUUUAACUGGUUGGCAUGCUAACUUCAUUAGAUAUCCCUGCAACACAAUACAUGCAGGCCUGUAGUCAUUUCCUAAGAAAACAACAGCUGAAAUAACAGCUCACAAAUGUAGUUCACAUCAUGCUUCUGUUAGCAUCCUAACUUACACAACAUGUUCUGGUUGUAGACAGACUUUGUAGUAUAUGAUCAUAUCAUCAUUUCUAACAUAUUAUUUUGAAAUGGUCUGUGCUUUUUAUUUUGGUAAUUAGGUUUUGCCAGCUGCAGUCAGUCUUUGCUCUUUUACCCUUUUUUUUUUUUACGCUUCUCUGCAUUAGCACUUAAAUUACCUGUGUUCUGGCUCAUGUACACAGUAGGUUUAAUCCUUGUUUCCUAUUUGUUGCCAAUUAUGUGGUUUUCACAGAAGCCUGUAUUGAUUUGAAUCAAUCAUAUGUCCCAAUAUUUCUAUUAUGUAAACAUUUUCAAGCUUUAUGUUUUAUGCAGCUCAUGGCGGUCGCUUUAUCAUUACGUCUUUACCUCCUUUCUAUAUUCAUACUCUGUGUUGCUACGCCUAAAAAUCUGCUUUUAAAUAAAAAGACCUACAAGUGAAAAUCUGA